ACAUUUUGUAAAUAUUCGCAGCUGAAAGUUAUAAAGAAGCAAAUAUAAUUAAAAAAAAAAAAUGAUUGAAAUAACUUGUAAUGAUCGUCUUGGCAAAAAGGUGCGCGUGAAGUGCAAUCCUGACGACACUAUUGGGGAUCUCAAGAAGCUGAUUGCCGCUCAAACUGGAACCAAGCACGAAAAGAUUGUGCUGAAGAAGUGGUACACAAUUUACAAAGACCCUAUCCGCCUAUCUGAUUAUGAAAUUCACGAUGGCAUGAAUCUGGAGCUUUACUACCAGUAGUUUAAUUGAACCCAUCGCCAGCCAGGCAAAUUCUUUCUUUUAUAACUGCAACUAAGCUUAGAAAUAAAUAAAAUGAAUUUAUGUA